ACUCUGGCUCCCCGUGUGCCGCUGCUCCCGUGUGCUGUCAACGAACUGCUGAUGGAGUGCGUGUAAAAGAGUGAGACAGGUAGCACACAGCCAACCCAGCCCUAAGGGAGGUGUGGCUGCCCAGGGAGCUUCAGACGACACAUAACAGGGACGUCAGUGAGAUGCAUAUCACGGGAGCAGGCGGGGAGGGUGGUGGCGGCGACGGGGCGGCGGCGGGGGAGGACACGCUGACGCCCUUCCUCACUCCCCAGCACUUUGCCAAGACCCCGGCGCAGUCCUUCUACAGCGUGGUGAACUCGAGGGACUCCCUCGAUAUGUACCACGAUGCCUACUCCACCCUGCAGAGGCAGCCCCCCGCGGCCCCCACCAGGGAGCGGCACGCCAGUGCUGGCAUCAACGGCCACGCCCUCGAGAUGGAGGUGCCCACACGCGCCCACGACGGCGUGCCUCACCCACCCACCAACGGUGAGGUCAGCGGGCGAGCGAGGCAUGCAAGCUACUCCUCCACCCAGCAACCCGCCACCAACCCUCACUGCAUGGGCCGCCUCUCCCUGUCCUCAGCCUCCCUGAAACGAGCCUCCAUAGACUCCCCGCGCCUCUUACCAGCCCCACCAAGGAGGACAGACUCGUCCCCCUUAAACCAGCAGAAAACACCCAACUGGAGGCAAAGCUACCGUCCCUGUGUGGAGAUAGUUCAGGAAGGGUUUAGUGCUGUGCCGCAAAGUGAGACGGACCACAGUGCCGCCUUAGGGAACUUCGCCGCCACCAAACCGUCGUAUAAGAUCAUCGAGAAUAACAAUGACGACGGCUGGAGGAGGAACUACGUGGAGUGUGUGGAAGGCCGGUCACUCCUGCUGGGGGAGAACGGAGGAGGAGGAGGAGGAAUAAGUUCGGAAGUGCAGCUCACCCCUGGUCAUCUCAAACAUCUCCCACCAAAGGAUGCAAAGCUAAAGAUGUAUUCCUUCGCUCCGGUUCAGCGGCGUGGCAUGAGCCUAGAGAGGGUUCGCGAUGAGUUCCGGGUGGAGAACCUUUACCUGGAGCACAAGGUUCCGCACCUGUUCGUCUCCUCCCAGUGGCAAGAGCACAACCGCAUGUCGUGUCUCUACCUGGGCUACCGGCUGUUCUGGGCGCUGUACUUCACCAUGUGGGCGGUGUGGGCGUGGGUGGGCUCCAUGGGCUACGACUCCCCGCCCGCCCAAAAGCUCUACUUCAUGACCUACCUCACCAACUGGAGCAUCUGGACCCUGGCUCUCGACACCUCCAUCCAGGCGGUCAAUGUUGUCCUCCACCUGAAGAAGAUUUCCGACGAUGGCGAGGUGAUGUACCCGUCCAUGCCGCGGCUCAUGAAGGUGUCGUGGGUGCUCUCCAACAUGAUGGGAACCAUGCACAUCUUCAUCACCCUCGGCUACUGGACCCUCGUGUACCCCUACAGGAACGGUCAGUCUGGGAGCGCCUGGAUCAGAGACGAGACGCUGAACGAGAUCGGCAUCAACACCCACAUCAUGCCGGGCGUCUACAUCCUGCUGGACGUGGCCGUGUCCGCCACCCCGCGCCGCCUCCUGCACGCCUACCACCCCAUGCUCUUCAUCAUCGUCUACGCACUCUUCAACCUCACCUACUACCUCUGCGGGGGCACGGACUACUUGGGCCGCCCCGCCCUCUACCCCAUCAUGGACUGGACGCGGCCCGGCCCCACGGUGGGGAUCGUUCUUGUCGUCAUCUUUGGCCUCAUACCCUUCCUGCAUGGGAUACUGUGUGGCCUCUGCGCUGCCAGGGUAAAGCUCUGGCGUAACCUGAAGGUAUCAAGGUAUGCAACUGAAGAAGAUGAGAUGGACCAUGUGGAUGGAUCACAGGAACAGAAAGUUUAGGACAAGUUGUCAUGACCAGCAUGAUGCAACAUUAUUCACUUAAUGGAAAUGCUUUCUUUCUUGUGUGAAAGAAAUAUUAAGACUCGGACUAGAUUAUAUAUAUAUAUAUAUAUAUAUAUAUAUAUAUAUAUAUAUAUAUAUAUAUAUAUAUAUAUAUAUAUAUAUAUAUAUAUAUAUAUAUAUAUAUAUAAUCAUAGAGAAGCACAAAACUACAUAGUCAAAGGUUGAAUGCUUAUAACCUUCACUUAAGGUGAAGUAAUAUCAUUGGAUAUGAUAAUGUAUGGAAGUUAAUUAAAUUACUGAGGGCCGGCUUGUGAGCAAAGGUACUUGAGGUGUUUGGGUUUUACAUGCUCAGCUUUGUUCAUGUAGUAAUUAUUUUUUCUUGUGGAGUGGCAGUCCUGCGAUCUUAUGGGAAAGCUGGUAUUACCCUCACACUUUGGCUUCCACAUGCACAACUUUGACUUUCCAUAACAAGAAAAUGCAGACCGUUAACACUCAUUAUCCUCAUUGUAAGUGUGUGUAUGUGCGAGAGGACAAAUUUCCAGGAUAUACACUGUCCUGGGAUGGGCCAUGGCCACAUGGCAGCCCUCAUGUCACUAACUAGUCUAUGUAUGUGUUCACUCACAGCAAAGCUUCAUGUUGUUUUGAUCAAGUCCUGUCUAAUGUUUGACUGGAAAGAACAAUCCUGUGAUGGUAUGUUUGAGUCGUAGGGAACUUAGUAAAUUCACAUCACAAAGUGGUACCAAUACUAUUUGCAACUCUUUAAAAACUGUUCCCUCCUCAGUCUGUGUCUCCUUGCUCUCCUCCUCCUCUUCUCUCUUUUCUUUAGUCAACUUGUUUUUUUCCCCUUAAUCAACUUUAACAAUGUUUCUAUAUAAAUUACCAAAGAUGAAUUUGCGAGUCUCUUACUAGAGUAAGUAUUUAUAUUUGUACACCAAAUAAGGCAAGUUGUGGAGUCCUUCCUGUAUGGUACAUGCAUAAGGAAGUGCUCUACUAAGGUGCAUAUUUUUUCAACUGAAUCUGCCUCUUAAAAGUUGUUUUGACUAGUGUUUGGGGAAUUAUAUAUAAUUGGGAAGUUACAAGUGAUAUUAAGGUGAUAAGUUAUUCACUAUGGCUGCCAAACAAGCUGUUGCCCUCCCUCUCCUGACUGUGAGAGCAUAGUAAUGGCACCACCACUAUUUAUUUCUUCUUUAAAUGCAGGUGAUCUUUUGUAUUCAAGUGCAGUGAGUGAAUGACUAUGAAUUACUUUUGUAUUAUCAUCUACUUCCCAUUCUUCUUUUAUGCCACCAGAUUCUUCUUGGAAGGUUAGAACCCUGAGUUGGUGUGGAAGCAAAAAAUGUUGCAAUUAACAAUUUUACAAAUAAUAUUGGUAAAACAAAUGUUGACUGGUUCCUAAAUGUGUCUAGAGCUUCCCAAAUAAAACAAGUUCUUAACACUCAUCCAAUUUCAUGUAUAAGGAGGAAUAAUGUUCACUCUGGUCUCUUGUAUAUAUAUGUACAUGGCUUGUUAGCUACUGAGGAAAAUUUUCUACAUUUUGUCUGUUGAUAUUGGUCAUGGGAAUAUAACCUCUCACUGUUGUAUGUGGAAGUAUCCAACACAAGUUUAUUGUUGUUUUAUCAUCUGUGACUUACAAAUACUAUCUUCUCUACAGAUAUAUAAGGUUAACCAUUCUUUUACCCAUCCCUCAUUUGAGACAAAUAUUAUAAAGACCUGCAUCACAUUUGCAGCCUCGGCCUCUAGUGGCAGCAUAACCUCCAAAGAAAUGUGUUAAAUCUGCUGCUAGAUGACACAUACAAAGAUUUCAGGUGAAUGAUGUGCUUGAGGCUUGGUUUUAUUAGUCAAUAAACUUGCAGGAUGCACAGUUCCAUGUGCACAGAAGUCAGUAGCCUACUACUCAUUUUGUUGAGUCAUGGAUGACCUGGCAGACUGAUGCAAAUAAUUUCAAAGGCAUUGAAAUUUAUUCAUUAGUUGUGAAAUGCCACAAUCCUGAAAUGGGAUGAAAAUAUUCACAUUUAAUGGAAGAAUAUUCUAUACUUAUUAAGGAGGGAACAUGGUUCAGAGGAUGAUGAUCCAAGCUAUUCAUACAGAAGAGACUUGAGCAAAAUAUGAUUUAGUAUUGAUUACCUAAUUGGAGAGGAGGGGGUCUGUUCUGGCUGGCAAUCAAAGUGAAUAAGUAGUUUUUGAUAAUGCAGUAUAUGUUUUGUUAAUACAUGCAUCUAGAAGGAAAAACACUUGGUUGCAUGAAAAAGUAAAUGUGUGUUUAGAAACCUUGAAAUCAUACAACACACUGAAUUCAUAUCCAUGUAUGCCCACUCUUCUUUUUGUGGGAAACAGGGCAUUGGUGAUUAUGCAGAUGACCAGGUCUACAAUAUUGGUGGUUGCUUGCUGCCAUCUCUUUGCUAUGCCAAGCAUUGGCAUUAGUCUGUUUUUCCACAAGCAUGUUGUUAAAAUUCUCUCCAUCACAUCAUUUUACAUGAAGACCUGUUCCUUUUCAGAGGUUAAGGAAUAUAUAGAUAUGCAAGGAGAUAGCUGCUAGAAUUACUUUCUUAUAAGUUUGCUGAUUUCAUAUCAGGAUAUUGAAAAUUAUUAUAAUUAAUACCUCAAGAUACCAGGGCAAAGCAGAGAUAAUUUGAGUGUAGCUUGUCAACCACAAGCUUUGCCUCUUAAAUUUGUACUGGUAAUUAUUUUUUCAACCUGAUUGUUUACUUUCUUUUCACUCAUCUACUGCUGUUAAUGUACAUGUAAUUAUUUUUGUGCCAUGAACAUAUAAAAAGGAAUGCCUAAUUUUCAGUAAUAAUAAUAAUUCCCUGAAAAUGUGAAUCUUUCUGUCUGAACUGAAGUGGUUAGCAUAUAGAUUCUGUAUCUUUGCACUAUUUUAAAGUUUGUCAAAAGGUGUUUGUGACAUUUGUAAAAGUAUUUGUAUAUAUCAGGUUUUCUUUUUCAGGAUAGGUAAUCUAAAUGCCAUUUCUAGAAUAUUUGUACAUAAAUGUUUUCCAAGC